AUGCACGAGAUGAUCAUCAAUGUCUGCUCGUCACCCGCCGCCAGGACGAACCACCCUGCGGAAAUCUCCCUUCAAGACAUCGCUGCGACGUCGCCUCUGUCCGGGCUGCAUCCCCUCCACGUCAACGCCUACGCGGCCUGCCUCUCCUCCUGCCACGCCAUCUUCGACACGUUUCUCGCCACCGACAUAGCCACCCUCCGCUGUCUACCCGUCUUCAACCUCGUCCGCAUCUCGUACGCCCUCGUCGUCCUCAUCAAAAUAUUCUUCUGCGCCGUCGCCCCCGGAAGCGAGCUCGCCGGCAUCAUGGGACGCGACGACAUGAAGGUCCAUAUCUACGUGAACAAGAUCCUCGAGCACUUCCGAGCGGCGGCCGCCGACGACGGAAGCCGCCCCGCGAGCAAGUUCCUCGUCGUCCUCGUCAUGCUGCGCAGUUGGUUCCUCAAGCAAGAACGCCAAGUCGGUAGUGCUAUGCCCGGCGGGCCUUCGAAAGAAUCCUCAUCUUCAUCUUCCGCCGCUGCCGCCGCGCACCCCAAUUCCGCUGAUGACCCAAAGCGCUUCGUGGCCAAUGGCAACCAGCCCUUUGAGACUCUGGAUCAGCAGCAGCAGCAGCAGCAGCGGCAACAAACAGCCCAACUCACCGCCAACACGCCCCUUCACCUCCUCUCCGAAAUAGCCACGAAUGACCGCCACCGCGUCCCUUCGACAGACAACACCCCAACACCCCUCUCAACCGGCACCAGCAGCGCAAACGUCAAUGGCAACGCCCACAUGGCCUGGCCUCCCCCGAGCGCCGCCCAGCCGCCGUACAUCUACGACCCCG